AUGCUGAGAGGACACUUCAGGAACAAUCUUCACAGCCUCGCGCAUCAAAUCGUCUACGGUGCUGAAGUGAAAGGGAUCGAACAAGUACGACACGAAGACGGCAGAGUAGAAGAGCAUCACUAUGUCGUCCACGGCAGGAAAAAGCGUGUCUAUCGCACCGAUCCAGAGCCACUACCCUCAUGGUGCAUCCGCAAAGACAAGUCAGGAAAAGAGAAAGGCGGAGUCAAGUUAACUUCUUCGCGUAAUCCUGAUCGAUCUCGCGAUCAGCCGCAUCCAAAGAAUCUUCCUUCCGGACGCAAGGAUGAUGAUGUCAGUUUCAUUUCUGAUACCACAGCUGGAUUUGCUUUCCAAGCCGGUACGAAAGACCGUGAGAAAGAGCGCCGGGCGUCCCCAUCCCCACAGAUUACUCGGCAAGGGCGACGUCGUUCUGACGACCAGGAGGUUGAUGAGAAAGAAGGAGGCGCCGACCCCAUACUAGAGGACUUUGCAAAGAACGCGGGUGAUCGUGCAUAG